CAAGGUCACAAUGUGAAUAGGGAAAUUUGAGUGUGGUCUGUAUUCAUGCUUUAUGCUCGAAGUCUAUGUACAAGUUUAGCCUGUGUUCUGAAAAACAUGAAUAAACGCGAAAGGAAGAAUGCUAAAAAGGCUGCAGCUAAAGCUAUAUUGACUAAGAAACGACAAGAGAGGAAACGAUUAGCGACUGACUUUGUGCAUUACGAAAAUUCCAGCAUUAGUGACUACUACAUUGAUGGAAUAUUUAGAAAGGUUUUCCCCUAUCAUUUCGUCUUCAAAGCUUAUGCAAAGGAUAGGUGGAUUAAUCGUAAGCUCCGUGAUGUCCUGCAGUCUGAAUUUAAUAACAAUUCUGAUGAAGCAAUCGCACAGAAAUGUGAAUCAGGUGAAAUCCUAGUAAACAAUACCAAAGUGGACCCUGACUAUGUUUUAAAUGACAGUGAUCUCCUUUCUCAAAAGGUUCAUCGCCAUGAGUCUCCUGUACUAAAUCUUCCCAUUGAGUUUGUACACGAUUCAGACGAUAUUUUAGUCGUCAAUAAACCUCCCUCCAUACCCAUUCAUCCUUGUGGCCAGUACACACUUAACAGCAUCACACACAUUUUGGCCAAGGAUUAUGGUCUUCGUCCUCUACGAUUUACCCACCGCCUUGAUAGAAUGACUUCUGGAUUACUGUUAAUCGCCAAGAACUACGACACAUCUGUACGUCUGCAAUCACAAAUUAGCAGUAAGGAGGUUGCAAAAUAUUAUAUAUGUCAUGUUGAAGGCUGUUUCCCAACCGAACCAAUCAAUCAAUGUACUGGCUUUGAGAUAAACAACGGAGUAGUGGUUUGUAGUCAACCUGUCGGGCCUAUCAGUCCUAGAAUGGGUGUCCAUGGCGUUUUACCAGAAUCAGCUGGUGGGAAGUUUGCUCGGACACAUUUCUUACGCUUAAACUACAAUCCUGUCACGAAUACAAGUCUAGUCAUAUGUCGUUUAUUCACUGGGCGUACACAUCAAAUCCGAAUACAUGUGCAGUACUUAGGUUAUCCAAUUGUUGAUGAUCCUCUAUACAAUUCAGCUGAUUGGGGUGAAUUAAAAGGGAAAGGUGCUAAUUAUGGAAUGACUCUGGAAGAAGUUGUCCAAAGAUUGAGUGAUUCUCGUAACAGGGAAAAGUACAGAAUCCAAGAGACCAAUGAAAAGUUGGAAAGUUCUCUUGAUCCAAAUGUGCUAGAACGUCUGCAAUUGUGUAAAGAUCCCUUAUGCCCUGAUUGUAAAUUGACAUUCAAGGAUCCAGAAAUGAAUAACUUAAUACUACGACUGCACGCUUAUCGUUAUAGUGGAUCUGAUUGGUGCUAUUCUGCACCUUUACCCAGUUGGGUUAUAAAUGAGAAUGUGCCAGACUUGCAUGGUGCGAUAGAAGAGGCAAUUAAACAGUUAUAAAUAUUUGUGUGUAUGUCAGUUUUUUUCCAAAUUUGUUUAGUUUCAUUUCGUUUUGUAUUUUUUUUUGAGAACUGCAUAGUUGACUAUUUCUUAUAUUUAUUCAAUAGACUUUCAAUUGCUGACUGUGCCUAGUGGUAAUGUUUUUUGUGUGUACUUUUAGUUCUGUUUUCGUGUAUAUAUAUAUAGAGCUAUUCAAACUAAUUCACUGCUAUUCUCUCUGUCAAUAAAUUUUAUUCGUUUUAUCUUCACACUAAGCAACACAAAGAGGAUAACUGUGUAACAUUCUGACUAACCGAUUUCCUACUGUAACUACUUCUAUGUGUGAUCGAAUACUAUCAAAAGCCAUAUUUCUUGGUAACAGAAAAUUUAACGAUUCCGACCGAGGCCACAAAUAGGAAAUAACGAAUUCGAUUUUUCAUCUCAAUAAUAUUGAUGAUCACGAAUAACAUACUGUUUAAUCCAAGAUUUUUUUACUAGAUGAUCAACAUUUUCGAAAAAAUUUUCCUACCGUUUAUAUCUUGGUAUAAUUAUACCAAGUUAUACAAUAGUUCACUCUUCGUAAUUUUAUUUGAACUGAUGAAUGAAACCAACGUUUGAACAUGUUUAAAUUCUUUGUUACCUUUAUUUACUUAAAUAAUGGCUAUUCUUCAGGUUUUCAUAUAUUAUAUACUUCGUAAUAUCCAGUUAGAAAAACUUUUCUAUUAUAAAAUUCACAUCUUCAACUUAAUCGUUUGACCAAUAUUCAUGUUAAAGUUGUUGUGAUCUCUCGAA